ACUCGCUCUACACCCACAACAAUUCCAUGGCAUACCCCGAUGACCCUAUACUUCCUCGGAGACAAGGAACAGCGUUGACGAAAGUAGUGAGCACCAAGAAGCAAAGACAACAGAAAGAGUACUAUUUCACUUAGGGUUAUAUACAUAAUCAAUACCCUCAUCCCAUCCAACGCUCGCUCGGUGAGGAGAACCACUUUCAAACUCUCACCGAGUCCCACACCACACUACCUUUUGAUGUCAAUCACUGCGCAGUGCGCAGUGCGGCACUGGGCAGUAAUAUUAAUCCUCUCUAUCUUUAUCUUUGUCACCCUCUUUUGUCACUCUCAUCAUAAUACGCGCUCCCGUAUGACCUUGGACUUCGACUGCAUACCAGAGAACAACAUGUUUGUCACGAAUCACGUUCGGCAACGAAGUGGUGUCUCGUUGGCUCCAUCACACAGAGAGAGAUCCACGCGCUAGUCUACAAGGCUAACGUUAGACGAACAGAUUCAAGAGUGUCUGUGCAGUGCGUUCAAUCUUCGUACGGCCUCCCAAUAUU